GAAUUUAUCGAAAUGUAAACAGAGGAGAAGGAAAAAAAUUUUGAUCAUUUGGUCCCGAUUUUGAUUUACAUUUACAAAAUAAAUAUAAAUCAUAUUGACAAUUAAUUUAAAAUGCACUUAUUGCGAUGGACAUUCAAGCUUUUCGUUGCCACUGGAUACUUUUUAUCACCGAAAGUCAAAUCUCCCACAAAACGAUUUCUCUACAAUGUGUACACCGCCGUCAUGACAUUAUUUUUAUUAAGUUUCUUGCUCACGUUAAUUAUGCAAAUCGUUUUCAACGUGAAAACUGCGGAUGAACUCAGUAAAAAUUUCGGUAUAACCAUCACGGUAUUCACCACCAUUUGUAAGUUUAUCAACUUACUAUUCCGACGAGGAAUUAUCAUAAGUUUAUUGGAUUUGUUGCAAAAGGAGCCCUUCUUGCCUAUGAACAUAGAAGAAAUAAAAAUUCACACGAAAUACAACAAGUUAAUCGAGAAAGUCAGUAUUUUUUAUACGUUGCAAAACAUAUCCUGCCUGGUCGCUUUGAUUGGCGCCACAUUAAUCACCGAUUUCAAGAAGAAAAAAUUAACAUUCGAGGCUUGGAUACCUUUCAAUUAUACUGCCUCGUGGUUUUUGUUCUCUUUAACUUUUAUUCAUCAGUGUGCGUGCGCGAUGGUCACUUCUUUUGGUAUCAGUAUCUUCGAUACCCUAUUCGCCGGCCUCCUACUUCAAAUAUGUUGUCAAUUGGACACGCUUGUACACCGACUGCAAAAUAUCAAAGAAGACGCGAUUCGAUCGUUGAAAUAUUGCGCGCGUCAACACGAAUUGAUAUACAGAUUCACCGAAUUGAUGAAUAAAUUGUUCAGUUCAAUAUUGUGUUUGCAAUUUUUGAUUAGCGCGGUCGCAAUAUGCUUUAGCGUUUAUCGGGUAAUAUAUACGAAAACAGAUUCACAAUUUGCUGGAGCGAUAAUAUUUGUUUUUUCCGCAUUAAUUCAAAUCUUUUACUUUUGCUGGCACGGGGAUAUAGCAAAAUACAAGGUGCGUAAUUACGAUCUCUCUUCGUUCCUUUUGCAGAAACGAUAUUUCAAUCAUUUUUUUUUAUCUACGCAGAGCCUUGAGAUUCCCGACAUGAUAUUUAAUAGCAAUUGGCCGAAUUUGAGCAACGACGCUAAGAAAAUUCUCUUGAUAAUCAUGGCACGUUCAUUGACGCCUGUCGAGAUCGUCAGCGCUCACAUUAUACCUCUUAACCUGGAAUCUUUCAAGGGUUUGAUAAAAGCUACUUACUCGGCGUAUAAUAUGCUGCAACAGACUAAGUAG